CCACCAACAUGGAGACCUUGUACCGUGUCCCGUUCUUAGUGCUCGAAUGCCCCAACCUGAAGCUGAAGAAGCCGCCCUGGGUGCACAUGCCGUCGGCCACGACGGUGUACGCUCUGGUGGUGGUGUCUUACUUCCUCAUCACCGGAGGAAUAAUUUAUGAUGUUAUUGUUGAACCUCCAAGUGUUGGUUCUAUGACUGAUGAACAUGGACAUCAGAGACCAGUAGCUUUCUUGGCCUACAGAGUAAAUGGACAAUAUAUUAUGGAAGGACUUGCAUCCAGCUUCCUGUUUACAAUGGGAGGUCUAGGUUUCAUAAUCCUGGACCAAUCGAAUGCACCAAACAUUCCAAAACUCAGUAGAUUUCUUCUUCUAUUCAUUGGAUUCGUCUGUGUCCUAUUGAGUUUUUUCAUGGCUAGAGUAUUCAUGAGAAUGAAACUGCCGGGCUACCUGAUGGGUUAAAAAAUGCCUUUUGACAAGAAAUCCGUGGAUAUUGGAUUUGCUCCUGUUAAUGAAGUUUUAAAGGCUGUACCAAUCCUCUGAUGUGAAAUAUGGAAAAAGAGUGAAGCAGCAGAAAAGAAGCAUCUUGUGAGAAAUAGGAAUCAUAUUAAAGCUUGAACUAGAAUGUCUUCUUGGUAUCAAAGAGACAAAUUUCUCACAGUAUUUCUCCUGCUGGCCUGUACUGACACACCAAUGAUGUUUAGUGGCAUUUUCUUCUUAGUUUUUCAUUUCUUAAAGAAAAUAUACUCCCAUUUCCACAACUAUAAUAUUGAAUAAAGUGAUUAUUUCUUAUAGCCCCCUUAACAUUUUGUGGAGACGACAUUUCUGACUUUCAAAAAUUAAUGUAAAAUCAGGAAGCGAGAUCCCAUAAGCUGAGAACUCUGAUCAGCUUUACCUAUGGUGCUUUGCCUUUAAACAGUGUGACAGUACAUUAUUCAGAUAUGUGUGAGACUGUUUCUGCACAAUAAGAUGUAUGAAAGGAGCAGAAAUAAAUAAUUUUUCUAAUUAAAAAAA